AUGUGCAGUAAAUACAAGUACCUGACCCAGAUCCACACUUCCCAUGACCCCCAAGUCUCCGACCUCCGUUCAUCCAACAGGCAGCAGCUGCACGUCACUCUGGGCACAGACCUGGGCUGGGUCUAUCCUGAUCCUACCUGCCAUGCAGAAUUGUGCUUCCUCUCUUGGUUCUUCAACAACGUGCUGUCCCAUGACAAGCACUACUUGGUCACCUGGUACAUAUCCUGGAGCCCAUGCUGCGAGUGUGCAGAACAGGUGGCCGACUUCCUGGCCAGGCACAAAAACGUGAGGCUGACCAUCUUUGCUGCCCGCCUCUAUUACUUUUGGGAAUCAGAAUACAGGCAGGGGCUUCGCAGACUGUGCUGGGAAGGGGCCCAGGUGGACGUCAUGUCCUUCCAAGAAUUUCAAAGCUGCUGGGGAGAGUUUGUGUACAACCAGGGAAUGCGCUUCAAGCCUUGGAAGAAACUGACGACAAAUUUUCAAAUCCUGAACUCCAUGCUGGGGGACAUUCUCAGGACGUUGGAGAAACACACAUUCACUUACAACUUUAUAAAUGACCCUUUGGUCCCUGGGCGGCACCAGACCUAUCUGUGCUACAAGGUGGACCUCCUGGAUGGUGACACGUGUGUCCGACUGGGCUGCCUGCGUAACCAGGUGACCUUCCCGGCCCAACUGCAUCCAGUCAGUGCCCUCCCCAGUCCAGGCACAGUCUCAGGAUUGGGGCAGGAUCAGCUGAGCUCAGACACAGGCGUACUCAGAACAGUAGCCUGUGCCCGCCCGAACCCGAUGAAGGGGUUAUAUCGAGGAACAUUCUAUUUCCACUUCCGAAACCUUCGCUAUGCCUCUGGCCGGAACACCGCCUUCCUAUGCUACCGAGUGGAAGCCGUGGAGCACCGCUCGCCUGUCCUGGUUGACAGGGGAGUCUUUAAAAACCAG